UAAGAUUUUAUGUUCCUUGUCUUGUGUUUCUAGUUUCUGGUUGGACACUUUAUCCAAUAUUGCCUCAAAUUUCUUUGUGAGCCUCGCCUCCAUUUCCAAAUUGGACGCACCAUGUCCUUUUCUCACAAUCGACCUAUUUUCUAACGCAUCUCUUAAUCUAGUGAUCAGUUCUGCUAUUGUUUUACAUCCGGCGCUUAUGAUUAAUUCCGAGUCUUCAAUUGGCAAAAUUUCUAACAUAAGUUUCACUUUUUCCUCUUCUGUGAUUGUGGCUACCUUUGCAGCUAGUGAUUGUGCUCGAAGCACAAAAUCUAUUGUUGUCUCUGUAGGUGUCUUUCUAAGACUGAGAAUUCUGGUUCUGAUUGAUGAGGCUGUGUUUUUGACUGGUAUUCUGGGAGAAACUGACCAAUAUAAUCAAGAACGUCUUUGCCUGCUACACCAUAUUUAUUGUAAACUGCGGCCGCAUGGUCAAGCCAAUGGAGUACGUUGUCGACAUCAAACGGCCUGA